GACGGCCUCCCUCUCCCAUCCACUUCCCUCCCACCCUAGAUGGAUCGCCCCUCUCUCCUCUCCUGCAACCCCUCUCUCUCUCCCUGCACUUCACAGCGACAGCAAGCACUCCCAGAUCCAUCCGGAUGCCGUACAUGGAGGAGUCCGCACAGCCCAAACCCGCUGACCCCUCAGAACCGGAACUCUCCUCGGACCCACCCAAGGGCGCGGGGACGAACGCGGACGGUUGGUGCCGAGGUCGCCGCCGGAAGAGGCGGAGAUCCCUAGCCGCCACCGCGCCGUUGAUGGGGAUCGACCUGCUCGACCUGGCGAACGGCGCCUCAGGCGACGAGGCCAUCACCCGCAUCGUCAAGAAGGUCAUCCCGCUCGACGAUCCCGACAAUCCCACCAAGGCCUCCAAGAAGGCCGCCACCGCCGCUGCAAAGGACGCUGCCAACGCUUCCAAGGACGACCAGCCGCCCCAGCACCACAAGCACCAGCAGUACCCCCAAGAGGGUAUUUAUUACCAAAGGGAGGGAAACUUUGGUGGAGGCUGGGGCAGAGGCCAAGGCUACUAUGGUGGUGGUGGUGGUGGCAUAGGAGGCCGUUGAAGGGGGCGUGGCGCCGGAUCCAAUCGUGUCUUUAAGGAUGCUAACGGUCGUUUCUAUCAUGACGGCUAUCAACGUGUCUACCUCACCAACAACCGUCCAUACUAUGCCAAUGGCAAUGGCCGGGAGGCACCCAAGGGAAGACGAGCGUCGAGGAGGACUGCUGUG